AUGUCAACCGAGCAGAAGAGGGACGCUCAAACGUCCCACACGGUCGUGCGUCCUGGGAGCGCUACGGAGCUGCGCGAAGUGCAGAAUGUUGCUCUGGCGGACGCGACGGCGAAGGCGGGAGUGUCGCCAUGGACACCGGCCAUGUUCAAGCUCUACCUCGUCCUCCUCAUCGCGACCCUCAACUCCUGCAUCAACGGCUACGACGGCUCGCUCAUGGGCGCCAUCAACAGCUACCCGCAAUACCGCGAAUACUUUGGCUUCGACGUCAACGAAGGCACCCCGGCCACGGGCAUCGUGUACGCCAUCUACACCAUCGGCAACCUCGUGGGCUCUUUCGCGGCGGGCCCCGCCGCCGACUGGAAGGGAAGGAAAUGGGGCAUGUUCAUCGGCUGCCUCAUCAUCGUCCUGGGCACCUGCAUCCAGGCCACGUGCACCAACCUGGGCGGGUUCAUGGGCGGGCGCUUCGUGCUGGGCUUCGGCGUGUCCAUCACGUCGACGGCCGGUCCCGCCUACGCCUCGGAGAUGGCGCACCCAGCGUACCGCGGCGUCCUGACGGGCAUCUUCAACACCUUCUGGUUCGUGGGCGGCAUCCCGGGAACCUUUGUCCCCUUCGGCACCUCCAUGAUCGCGGGCACCAACAGCUGGCGGAUCCCCAUCUGGCUGCAAAUGGUCUUCGCAGGCAUCGUCCUGCUCUGCUCGCCCUUCCUGCCCGAGACCCCCCGCUGGCUCAUCGCAAACGACCGGCACGAGGAAGCCCUCGACACCAUGGCGCGCUUCCACGGCGAGGGCUCGCGCGACUCGCCCAUCGUGCAGCUCGAGUACAAGGAGAUGGUCGAGGACAUAAGCGUGACGGGCUCCGACAAGCGCUGGUGGGACUACCGCGAGCUCUUCAACUCGCGCGAGCAGCGCUACCGCACCAUGCUCGUCCUGUCCAUGGGCUUCUUCGGCCAGUGGUCCGGCAACGGGCCCGUCUCGUACUACUACCCGACCAUGCUGCAGGGCGCCGGCAUCACGAAUAACCACACCCGCCUGCUGUACAACGGCAUGCAGAACGUCGUCAGUUUCGCGGGCGCCGUCUUCGGCGCAAUGUACACGGAUAAAUGGGGCCGGAGACCCCAGCUGCUCGUCUCGACGGCCUGCCUCGUCGUCAUCUUCUCCAUUGUGUGCGCCCUCGUCGCCACGAACCUGAUCAACGGGCCCGACGGGAAACCGCUAAAGGACGCAGGCGGGACACCCCUGAUCAAGCGGCCCGGUCAGGCCAAAGCCGUCAUCGCUUUCAUCUUCAUCUUCGGCUUCAUCUUCUCGGCGGGUUACACGCCGCUGCAGCAGCUGUAUCCUGUCGAGUGCCUGCGGUACGAGAGUCGAGCGAAGGGUAUGGCGUUUUACAACUUCUGGGUCAACAUUGCGGGGUUCUAUAAUACGUUUGUGACGGGGAUUGCGUUUUCGGGGGCGGGUUGGAAGUACUACUUCCUCUUCAUCUUCUGGGACCUCUUCGAAUUCGCCUUCAUCUACUUCUUCUACGUCGAGACGCGGCGCCGCACCCUCGAGGAGCUGUCGGAAAUCUUCAAGGCCAAGAAGCCCGUCAAGGCGAGUUUGGCGCGCACGCAGGUCGCGCUGCACGGCAGCCAGGGCGUCACCGAGGUGUUUGGCAAGGAGACGGGCAUCGAGCUGUAG